AUGAAGAAUAUUGCUGGCGGCCUGCGCCCAGGCGGGACGUUUGCCGCCGUGCUCUACUGGCCAUUCCCGUCCAUCACCAACAAUGACGCUGCCAGCCACGCUUUCCAGAGGUUGAUCGCCAACCACGUGCAGGGCUUUAUGAAGAUGGAAUGGAUGAGCCAGGCUUGGCAGCGCGGGAGCAAGCAGCUGAACAUGGACUGCGUGCCCUUGCGAGACGAGACUUGGCAGGACGUGCGCCGAUACUACCCUAGGGUACCUCAACUGCGGCAAGGGCUGGGCUUGGGAACAACACCCCGAAGAAGAGGCAGUCACUGGCAUGCCACCCCGGUGGCCCAACUCGGGAAUUUCCAGCGCACUGAGGACCCCGACUGUGGCGACUGGCAGCUGAGCACAACGGUGCAGUGGCUGAAGGAAAAUCUUGAGUCGCUCCGCUUUGGUUUCACCGUAGAGACAUGGGAGAGUAAGAAGUGGAAGGGGAUUCUAGAUGCUGUGGGUGACGCGAUGAUAAAGUUAAGAGUGGCAAGUGCAUAUGGUUCUAGCCCGAAAGAGAUGAGUCUGUCAAGCUCCAGGCGACUCGCAACCGACUUCCUCGUACAGGUAAUUGAAUGGAAGUUCUUCGCAUUCGUUUUGGGAAAAAGAAGCACAGCUGAGGUCCAAUAUCAGGGAGCGGUGAAUAGUACCAGGAUCGAGUGGGUCAAUUGA